GACCGUUUAAUUUCACUGUUUUGCAACGUAUUGUAACGGUCGUGAUUUGAAUUUUGAGCGUGGCGCGAAUGAUGUAACCGGGGCAGCACGAUCGACCUAACAGCUGCGUCUACCUGUUUUUUUAACCUCGAAGGUACGCAUGAACAGUGCGCGUAUAAAAAAUAUUGGGCUAGCAAAAUUUUAGGUUGAAGAAGGGAAAUGAGCGAUGCCGAACUUCAAGAAGAGGAAAGAGAAGUACUUUUGUCGAUAUACGACGGAGAUACGGCUUUUAAACAGCUGACACCCACCACAUUUCAAUACAAGUUUGGAGAGGAUAACGAUAUGAAAUCGUUCUUAUUGGAGAUCAUAUGGGGCUCAACAUAUCCAUCGGAGAAACCUUCCAUUAAUAUGAACACGUUUUACAACAAGCACAUUGUACAAGAAGUUAAAGACAAUGUGAUGAAACUCGUGGAAGCAGAGGCUGACCAGUGGCUCGGAAGUGCCAUGACCUACACAUUAUUUCAAUCAGUUCAAGAGCAUUAUCUUGAACUGAUUUCUGCACAACCGGAAUCUGUAGAUCUUAAUACACAGGCUAGCAAGCUUAAAAUAACAGAAGAAAAACAACAGGCUGAAGAGACAACAAAGAAACCGAAGAAAGAACACCUGAGUAAAGCCCAGAAACGUAGACAGUGGAACAAAGCCGAUGGAAAAGGAGAAAGACCUCGAGGAUGGGAUUGGGUGGACAUAGUGAAACAUUUAUCACAAACUGGUCCUAAACAAGAGCAAGAGUCUUAGUUCAACUUCUUCAACCAAGAAAUUUUGUACAGGUUAAAGGCGUGUUAUAUUUUUAUAAAUUAUUGGAAAUAAACUGGUUUCCGUAUCAGUUUUACUAUACUAUAAUCACCUGUGAUAAAAAUUUGUAAGAAAAUAUUUAUAGAUAAUUUUAUCUCAUCGCCAACAGAUAGUUACAAGAUAUGCAAAUAAUGUCGAGAAAGGAGCAACAAUAUUUAAUAUGUUUAAUGAUCAUGCUUCGCCUUUCUUUUACCAUUUCUUUAUAAAAAUCUCCAUGACGCUACGGGUAACAAAUUAGUUUCCGUAACCCACCCUAGAAGAAGUAUAUCUAUUAAUACAAAAGAAAAGAUGUACAAUUUUUAUCUCAUAGGAUAAAACUUACCUUUACUCUCAAGGCCGCUAAUAAAUGCUUUGUAUUCGCCAGAAAUCAACAAAUUAGUAACGUAAAUGCUUUCUAUUGCUUUUGAUGACUGCGCGCUAUUGUUUGCAAUGGAGUAUUUCUUACUAAGCACGUAAAGGCGCAAUAGAGGAUACGAUAUAUCACUUACUUCUGGUUUUAAGAAGAGAUCCUUGAAAUGUAAAAUACUUUUAAAUGUAUGUACAUACAUGAAAUAAAAAGUGAUCGUAUGUUA